AUGGUAAGAAAUCUAUCCAUUAUGAAACAUUCUCCUCUCCCUCAUGUUUUCCAAAUCGGUUGAAUUGUUAGAGACCUUAAAAAACAUGAAAUCAUAUUUUAUGUGAAACAAUGAAAUACAGAGCAAGUGAGCCAAACCUGGGUAGCGGACCAAGAAAGGAGAGAGAAAAGCAACAACCAAUCCUAUAUUACAACAGCAAAUUCAUUAGCAGGAUGUCAAUCCUGAAGAAAUCAACAUGGCACUGUCAAUGCACAAGAAGGAUUGGUGAAACUAAGUAUAUUGGGGGGGACGGGACCUGAAGCCACAUUCCUUUUGAAGUAACUUUCUGGGGGCCACAUGACAGUGGUAGGUAGGGCCAGAGACAAAAUAUCAACACAUUUCAAUUUGUGCUUUUGUACAGUGGCUCGUUUCUGCACACAACCCCUCUCUGUCCUCCAGGCAAGCAAGAGGCCUUAUCAGAGUUAAUGACACAAUCCAGCAAGGCAAUAACCACCUGAAGGAGGGCAGUGAGGGGUGCGUCUGAAGACCAAGAGUGGCUAAGGAGUGGGGUGUAGCUUGGGGUCAAGGGAGAGGCCUGGGGAGCCACAUUGAGGCCUCAGGACCUGAUGUCCCACACCCCGAUUUUGAAACAUUAUAGACUCACAUUUUCUUUCUGUUUCUUCCUUUAUUAAAGGAAAAUGAGGCUAUUAAUGGAGAAAGCUUGUCUCUUAAACAAAGGUAAGGCAAAACAGUUCAAAUUCAUUGCAGGUGCUGAAGGCCAGCCAGUGUUGACAUAUUGUCUGGUUUGGGCCCACCAGUUGCAGUUUACUUUGCAGUGAAGAGCUGCAAGAAAAGGUCUGCUUGGGAAGCAGAGAAAGCUGGGUGAAUCAUAGCCUCCCUCCCUUGUAGCACGUCUGCUUGGCUGCCACCACUCCUAGUGAUCCCACUGAGGAUGGCUGCUGAUACUGGGGAGCCCACAGGAUGUCAGGGGCACGAUCAGAUGGCAUGAAUGCUCCUCUGAACUGGCUCUACUCAUGCAUGUCAUCGGUCAAAGAGUACUCCCUCUGCGCAUUCAGCUGUAUGCAUGGUUUGUGUAUGUGGGGAUUUUUUUCUGGCUCUGCAGUGGACCUGCAUAUAUUUGGGUUGGAGCCUCCUGCUUUCAUUAUGCAUGCACUAACGUUUGAAGCGGGAAACUGUGUAACAGUGGAUGGUGCAUGGCUAAUACAAUGUGGGUCCCAUCAAGCAAAACACUGCUCACCAGUCAGUGAUAGGAACAUAGCAAGUUGCCUCCUAUUGAGUCAAACCAUUUGUCCAUCUAGCUUAGUGCAGUGCCAGAUGGGCAGAGCAUUUAGGGGCCCCCAUGACAACAGAUCAAAAUAAUAUUAAUUUGAUAUUGAAAUUGGUUUAUUAAAAUUGUUGCUUGGUAAAACAAAAAAUGCAUUAGGAGAUAAUUUGCAAGCCCCCCCGCCCGAGAUUUUGACAGCUGAGGAGCCUCCACAUUUAAUCUGCACUGACCAACUUGUGAUUCUCCAGACUUUUUAGAGAGGGUUCUCUUUCCCAGCCCUUUCAGGAGAUGCUACAUAUGCAGGAGAUGCAGAUGCUCUGUUACUGAGCUAUGGUGCUUCCUCAAGUAAUGUGGACUUCUGAGUGCUUAAAUCCCCUUUCUGCAGCCCCACACAGGCAGCCAAUAUAGCCUUUCUGAACUGUCAAGCAUGUCUAUUGAACUUCACUCAGCUCGAAAGGUCACAGGUUAUGUAUGCCUGGGUCAAACCAAAGGUAAUAUUUAUCCAGAUGUUGUUUGCUAACUAACGAUUACCAGAACUGUUCUUGCAAAACUGAUGGUUGUGUGAAGAAACUGAGGGCUGCCUUUGUGAAAAACAAAGGGGAAACCCUGUAGGAUUGCAGAAGUGUUUCCUAACUUCAGAACUGUUCUCUAGCAUGAGAUGUAGCAGAAGGGUCCACUAACUUUGCCUGACACUCUUGUAAAUACUGGGGGACAUGAAAAAUAUACCGCUGUCUCAGAAAGUAGCUUGAAACAUGCUCUUGCUGGUGUCCAAGGGGUGUGCUUUUAAACAGGCCCAGCUCCAGAUUUUGCAGGGCCCCUGGGAAGAUUGCUCUCAGCUUCCCCACCAAUGUUCAGCAGCCUUCUCAGUACUUGCUACCAGUUACCACCACCCCUGCAACAGCAGUGCUGAUGCACCUGCAAUCUUGCCCUCACACACUUGCUGGCUUAUCUGGUAGUAGUGGAGAUCGUGCCAGGUAAGCCCACUCAGAAGUAAUCAUGAAGGAUGGGGGUGCAUGCCUGUCAGCAGCCAGCCAGGCUGUGCACUGUCCAAAAGGUCAUAGAGGUCGCUCCCCAGGCUGACCUAGCCAUACCACCAUUCAGGUCCUCAAAUGCUUUCAGAAGCAGAUGGUGGUGCCACUUUUGAAUGUGAGCCAAGUUCAGCUCCCAUCUACCCUACUCUACCCUCAUUUGGGUGGUGGUGACAUCACUCGCACUGUGCUAUCCCACCCAUGCUUCCCCCCCAAAAAACACACACACCCUGAUAUCAGCACCAAAGCAGUGACUUUCUCCCCCACAUGGUUACUCAGUGGUGCUGUAGGGGGCUAGAAGCUGGGCAGGACCAACAAAUUCACUGGUAGUGUGACUAUUUCUCCGACUUUGAUGCCGACUGCAGUCCUGGGCAAAGGUUUUUAUCCCUGCGGAGUGGACCUGAGUGAAGACUCCAUGAGUGUAACCCUCUAUGGCCACACUCUCAAGCCAACCCAUGAUUGGUCCAAAAUUGCAGACAAGCAAAUUUGAAUUUUGCGGCUGGGGGGAGAGGCUGUAGCACCUCCCGACAGCCGCUGCAGCCAGAGACCAAGCUGUGGAAAUGAGGAUGGAGGCAGGGUUGGCACGGGGCCACAAUCUUCAUGUCACCUGGAAGGGGUGAGUGGACUUUAUGUUUCUAUGAAACUUGAAGCACAAAAUGGUGGGUUGUCUGUAUGUGCUCCACAGAUGACUGGGGUAGAGACUCCCACUUGAAUGAGCAACUUUGAAAUGGUUGACUUUUAUUCUUAAACUAGUGAUGUGAUCCGGAUUUCCAGAGAUGUAUCUGAUGAAGAAAAAACAGCUGUUGGCAGAAGAAAAAUCAAAGUGCACAAUUCUUUUCUGAAGCUUGGGGUCAACACCGCCAUGGUAAAGUUUCAUGGUCUAUAUUGCAAUAUGCUUAAGGGAUGCGGCGGUGCUCGCACUUUGGGUAAUAGCGACACAAUCUCUGGCAGUGAUGUACAUAAAGCCCUGAUAUUUUUGGGAAAGGGGGCAGCCUGUCAUUGGCUGAGCUGCUCAGGUGCUCUAAAUGGACAAAGCAGGCAAAUGACCAAGGCAAAGGUGCUUAAAAAAAUGAAUAGACAAAAGGCAAAGUGAGUGGGUGGGUGGCUAAAACAUGGGAAGCUGGGAGAGAAGAUGGUGGGAAGCAGAAUUUGGAGAGGAAAUUAGGGAUACAGUAAAGUUGAGUUAUGGAAGCUUAAAUUGCAAUAACUAACAGCAAUUGAUUUCCCAUUGUUCUUCCAACAGCUACAAAAUCAAUCAAUAUUUCAUGAAGGAAGAGAAUAUACUGUUCCCUGCAGAACUUAACUUCACCAGUAGCAGACAGCAGGUUGGGAUGGCAGCAGUCUCCUGACUCCCUGUUGAUCAAAUUGCUUUUGCUUACAGGUGGCUAGAGAGGGGUGGAUCUUGCAGCCAGCUUGCCCUUCCCACUCUACCUCCUGUUAAACAGCAGGUUAGGAAAGCAUCAAUAUAGUACCAUGUCUUCUGCUACCAUGCACCAUCUGUUUCUAGCUUCACCGCUUGGUGUUACAUUGUAAAAAGUAUUUGUGAUUACAUAUUUCAAAAUAUGACAGUUAUUUGUCUUUCCCCGUUUCCCUAGAGUUCUGUUCCUAAUGUUGCCCUGUUAGGAUCUGGUGGAGGGUUGCGGGCCAUGAUUGCACUUCAAGGGGUUCUGGGAGAACUUCAGAAAGAGGAUUUGUUGGGUGCUGUGAUGUAUCUCUGUGGAGUAUCAGGUUCUACCUGGUAAGUGGACAUAAACUAUAUUCAGUGAUGACUGGUAUAACCAUUUGAAGAAGUAGGAACCUAGGUUGUCUCUAAUGGCUAAAGGAUUUGAUAAAGAAAGCUCUGUCCAACGCAGGAACAUGCUAAAUUGUAUUAUAUUGAUUCAGGCCUUUGCUGUAUCCAUCUCAGCAUUAUCUACAGUGAUUGGCAAUGUUCCUCCAGGAAAAGUCUUUCUUCAAAGCUUUGUUCACGAUGCUUUGCCUUUUCUCCAAGGUGUAUGUCAUUCAUCUAUGAACAUGAGGAAUGGCUGGGAAAGCUUCCUAUUUUGGAAGCAAAGAUGUGUGACAAUCUUGUAAAUCAAUCAUGGGAUCCCAGCAAAUCCCUGGAUGCCCUUGUAGAACCAAGUAAAGAGAAGACAUACUCCUUAACCGAUUUCUGGGGCAGUGUCGUUCUCUAUGCAAUGUUGCAUGAGGCAAGUAUACUACCUCCUUUCCACAGAUACUUUGUGGUUGCACAGAAUUGUUUCCCCCCCGGGGGGGGGGGGGAAGACUUGAAAAGCAUUGUAUAUGCUUUUUAAAAAACAUACACACCUAUGCCACAAUCCAACUCUUUUUGUACAUCCCAUGUUCCUUCUUCCCCACCAAGAAACCACAAUUGCAACACAACCACUUCCAGAUCACAUAGUAAACUGAUUUAGAGGCUGCAGGAAGAUCCAGAUGCAGUUUAUAGUGCAGCUUGUCAGCCAGGCACUGCCUACAGGAAGCCUUGUAGAGAUUUUCCAUCAUUCCACCAAAAAUGGCAAGCAACGUAUAAUUGUACUGUAAUAAUAAUAACAUUUUUUUAUUUAUACCCCACCCUUACCGGUUCAAAAAAACGGGCUCAGGGCGGCUAACAACAAAUUUAAAACACUUAAUUGUAAUACAACAUAGAAGCAGCAUAAAAUACAGUAUAAAAACUACGGUAGUCCAGAGCCUUUUGAUUCAUCUUGGUACACAGCAGAAGUACCCAAGUGAUCAGUUUUGCUGUUCUAAAUGUGACAUACUCAGUAGGAAUAGCAACUUAUCUCAGGCUAUAAUCCUGCUAGCUCUCACCAACUGAGUAUGUCAAGCUACACAUGAGAUAAAAAAUGUAUUUGCUUUCAAGAUGUUAUUUGUUUAUUGUUAAAUGCAAAUAGCAUCAGCUGGCAGGGCUUAUAACUUACCAAAAUCGCAGCAGGUACAGAGGAGGAACUUAACACUUGCCUUCCUUGCUUGGAACUGGGAAAAAUCCCUUCUCUGAAGCUGUUAUUUGUAUUGGGACGAUAUUCUCCCUCACUAAUGAGUCCCUUUCUCUACAGCUAGAUUAUGGUCAUUUGUCCAAGGAAAGGAUGGUCUCUUUUAAUGGGGAAGUUCCUUACCCCAUCUAUGCAGCGGUGGAUUCAAACAAAUUAGAUGACACCAGUAAAACCCAUCCAGGUAGGAAACAAAACAAAUCAGCAACUAUAUAUGGCCAUUUCUUGUGAUGCCUUUGAAAUCAAUACAACUUAAAAGGGCUUGGAUCUUAUCCAUAUGUUCGUGGGUCUUCUCUGUGCUUGGAAUCACUGUCCAUUGGGUCUCCUUGGAGCCUGAUUAACAUAGCCUACAACCCAACUGUUAUACUCUUCCAACAAUAAUCUCUAUGCGUGUUAAACUUAUCCAAGGAGCAUGUGCAACUGUUAUUGGAGACUGCCAUUGGAUCAAUGCAAUUGACAGACAGUGGGCUGAACUAACAUAAGAACAUUAGAUGAGUCCUUCUGCAACAGACCAAAGGACUACCUGGAACAGCAUCCUGUUCUCACAGAGGCUGAACAGAUGCCUCCAAGCAGGGCCGUCUUACCCAUAGGCGCUAGGGGUGUGGGGCACCCGGGCGCCAGGCUCUCAGAAGCUCCAGGCCAAGAGUCCAGGGCCCAAGAGUUGAGUCUGGGAAAAGCCCGCCCAUUGGUCGGGGUACCACGGCAGGCUCUUCUGCUGCGGGCAGCUCUGCGCCACGGGUUUGGGGGUGACCGAGCCAGUGAGACACUGAGGCGGCCGGCUGGCUCUACCCUCCUGCACGCCUGGGACUGGGCAAGCUGGGAGGGGGGGCACUGGGUGGAUCUUAGCACCCCGGCGCCGCAUAUGCUUAAGACAGAAUGGAGACAGAACAUAGCCAGCCAAUUAACUAAAUAGAAAUUUCUAUAAACAAUAGUUUGUGAGACGUCAAAAAGAAACAUGACAAAUACAGAAGCUGAUACAGCAAAAGAAGUCUAUGUGUGUAAGCAAUUGUUUCCCACGCUUUCUGACACUGAUUUUAAUUUUUUUUUUUAUAGGUAUCUGGUUUGAAUUCACACCCCAUGAUGCUGGAUUCUUUCACCCUGGUGCAUUUGUUGACAUGAGGCUGUUGGGCAGCUCAUUUGAGAAUGGUGUGCUGAGAAUACUGAAGAAUGAAAAAAGCAUUUCUUACUUGAGAGGUACUGCUGACUUGACAGGGGGAAGAGGCAGCAACACGACAGAUUCAUGCAGUAUCCAAACAUCAGACUAGUUUACAUGCUCAGUGAUUCCCCACCUUCCCGCACUGAACCGAGCAUGUUCCCUCUGCUAUGUUUAGUGGCAUACAAUUAGGAUUAAUGUAUGCCACUAAACAUAGUGCUAUCCAGUAAAUUUCCUAGAAAAUGUCAUUUCCAUUUCCUUCCUUCUCUUUCAGGCUUAUGGGGAAGUUCAUUUGCAGAUCGCAAAGAAGACGUCAAGGAAAUAGAAGGUUUUGUAUGUUUAGCCUAUUGGACCCAGCUAGGGAAAGUUCCUUCCUGGUAUGGAUUCCAAAGGCACAGCCCAUGUGUGCACACUUGGAAGUAGUUGCGUAGCUUAUGUGGAGCUCUGAAGAAAAUCCUCUGGCCUUCUAUGUCCUUACAACGCUAACAUGCUACUGUGGCCAGACUGCCCUCACUUAAUUUGCCAACACUUGACAACUUGUACUAGUACACAGCAACAUUUUUUUUGAGGGGAGUGGUUGGUUCCAUGGUCCCCUGCUCCUCUGGGCCACUUCACCCUGACCACAAUUCUUCUCUCUGCCACAGGGAUGGGAAUCCUGUGGGCCCCAGCUAGCAUAGCCACUGAUUAUGGAUAAUGGAAAAUGCAGCCCAAUUAACAUCUGGAGGAACACAGAUUCCCCAUCUAAUAGAAUAUUCCUAUAGCUAUGGAAAUAUAAUGUACUUCUCACAUUUUCAGAUUAUAUCAAACACCUGGGAGAACAAGCUUCAGGUAAGUCCUUGACAUUGCUUGAAUUUUUUUGCCAUCAGUCCAUCUCAAAAGGAUACAUCUGUUGAUGCCUUCUUUAUUCAGGAACUUUGCAAACCUAUAUGCACAUGUUUGCUCUACACAAAAUGGAAAGUAGUUUCAGAAAAAAGGGUCAAAGGUAGGAAGGUCAGCCUGUGCGGAAGCAGCCUUAGCCACUAUUUAAGUUAGGAAACAUUCUGUUAUCAGGAAAGAUUUGUUGGGCUGGAAGAUAAGUAUUGCUGUCUCCUGAAGUAUUAUGCAAAAGCAGGUUUGCAUUUGACUUAUGGCUGUGUUUCAGCAAGGGUUAUCCAAUACUAUAGAAACCCUGACAAGUUCUGCAUUUCCCAUAGCUAUCAAAGGUUUAGAGGAGGGUAGUUAGAAAAGGUUGCAGAAAGAAAUGGAUUUAAGGUGCAUUUGCAGAACGUUUGGAAUUGAGGUGUUUUUUAUUGCUACGUUUCCUUCCCAAGGUAGACAUCUGUCAGUGAUGUCAUGGCUCACCUAUCUUAUAGGCAAUACAUUUAUUCCAGCAGUGACAUAAGGAUGGGACAUCUAGGAGCUGGGGCUUCUUGACUAGAACCAGCAUGUGUGGGGGGGAUUUCAGGGAUGAUCCAAUAAAUCAGGCAUAUCUCAUUUAGCAUGUUAUUCUCUCUGUAUUUUGAAGCCUGGCCUGCCCUGCCCAUUUUUAUCAGCACUGUCACAUUCCCUACAAUAUGUUGCAUCCUAACUUUUGGAAUAAUCCAACCACUGAUUCCCUAUUUGUAAGCUUUAUUCCUUUCUUGUUGCUUGCAUUUUUGGGCUCUUUUUGAAGCUUCCAGUUGUCACUGUAUAUAUUGUCAGGCUGCUUCACAUGCAAUAAAGCUCCUGAUUCAUGCCAUGGAAGGGACGACACAUGAACAUCAGGAUGAAAACAUCACAAACAUCAUGGAACUUCUUAAAGGUAAGAGGAAGCCGAGGAAUCACUGGUGUCUAUUUUUCCUACACAGGUCUUCAUGCUCCCAGCAACCCCUUCAAAGUGUAUAGUGUGUGUGAUUAGGACUAUGAUUAUGGCAGCAAAUUGUACCCAUGACUUAAAUCAAUGAUGGAGAAUUGAAUCUUACCAACCAGCUAGAUUCAGAUCUCCUUCGACACUCAAGGGACACUUUGGCAGGUGGGCAGGGGCAACCACCUGACAAUCACUUGGCAAUGCCACGGUGUCAGGUGAAGCAUUUCCCUCGGUCUGUGUAAUUUAAUUUCAAACCGUGCAGGCAAAGAAAAUGUUUCCCUGCAAGGUUUGCUGUAGGCACCAAUUAAGUAGGGGGUUCUUGAGCAGCCAACCUUGCAUUGCCACCCAGCUCAAGAGGGUAUGUGUUGACAGGUGCUCUUGGGACCUGGGACCAUUGUUCUGCCAAGUGCUGUCAUCUAUGUAUGUGCGUGUGAGGCGGGGAUUUAGAGGAGUCCCCCCGUUCAUCUUCAUGGUAAGUUGCCAAUAGAAAACCCACAUCAGGCCCAUUGCUGGGUGGCAUUGCCCAUGUGAGAACACAGAGGGAGGAGUUGCCUACAGGUAGCUGAGUCUUUAGUAAGUUUGAUCACUGUAUUACCAAAGUGGUGAAACUAUGGUCCUCCAGAUGUUGUUGGACCCUAGCUCCUCAAAGCCUUAGGCAGACUGGCCAGGGAUCAUAGGAGUAAGAUUCCAACAAUAUUUGGAAGGCUGCUGACUCCCUACCCCUCCUCUCUAGGUUAAUCGAUAAAGUUGAGACCUAUUUGUACUAUACAUUGGAGCCAAUUCCUAGGGACCAAGGGGGCUUCACCCCCUCAAUGAAAUAUUUGAGGGGGCCACCCUCCCCAAAUUUGAUGGACAUUGCCAUUCAAAUCAAUUGCCAUUCAUGUGAUCAAUUAUGUGGGGUGGGGCUUACUUGGGCCCCCUCAAUAUUUUAUUCAGGUUGGUAUCCCUGAUACCAUACGACUGUCUUGUGCCUUCACUUCAGGUGGCAGUGCAAUCCUUCCUAUACUGGAAUUCCUCCAAAUAUAAUUGGAGAAUGAGGCUGAAAUCUCAAAAAUGUGAAAUACAAGUGUUACAAAGGUUUUAGUUUUGUGAAACUUAAUUUUAAUCUGGUUAGACCAGAUGGAUAUGCUUUUUCAUUAUUCCAGUCUCAUCUUGCAUUCUUUGAUAGAUCAAGUAGGCAGCAACACCUACAACUUCCUCAGUUUACUGAAGGACAAACACAACACUCUAGACAAGCCUGGAAGAGUGGCACAGUUUUUGACCCUGGCUGACAUGUUUACUCAAGAAUUUGCAGGUAAGUGUGGCUAUGAAUUUCAAAACUUCCAAAGAACUCUCUUAUAGAGCAAUCUUAUAUAUGCACAUUUUCAUUCAAAAAUAAGCCCCACUGUGUUCAGUGGAGUUUGAUCCUACAUAAAUGUGAAGGACUGGAACCCUAAACAACUUCUGCUCCACUUACAAGAAGCAUAUUGUAACCAUCUUACAGUUUAGAUGUGUUAUAGUGCACCUGUUUUAUUGCAUUUUAUCCCUUAGUCUCAAUGUUAUGAUGCUUUGCUUUUGACAGCUAGGACAUCUCCAUUCACGCAUCAUGAAGAAACAAAGAGAAGUAAGUAAUUCACAAAUUUUAUACAUCAUUUUCAAACCAACAUUUUGCAAAUUAUUUGUAUAUCACAAAGGUUUGUGAUGAGAAUCUGCAGAUAUGAAAAUGAGAUGAUAAGGUAUACAGAUGGUUUUAUAUCCAUUCACUUUUAAUUUUAUUAAUAUUUAUUUAUAAGGGCCUUUAUAAACCACCAGCUCAUUAAAUUAUUAAUGCCAUGUACAAUAAAAAUAAUCAAUGUAUCAUUGAAUGAUCACACAUUUAUCAGUAUGUAUUAUACACCAUGGGACAUGGGUGGCGCUGUGGGUUAAACCACAGAGCCUAGGACUUUCCAAUCAGAAGGUCGGCGGUUCGAAUCCCCGCAACGGGGUGAGCUCCCAUUCCUCGGUCCCUGCUCCUGCCAACCUAGCAGUUUGAAAGCACGUUAAAGUACAAGUAGAUAAAUAGGUACUGCUCCGGCGGGAAGGUAAACGGCGUUUCUGUGUGCUGCUCUGGUUCGCCAGAAGUGGCUUAGUCAUGCUGGACACAUGACCCGGAAGCUGUACACCGGUUCCCUCAGCCAAUAAAGCGAGAUGAGUGCCACAACCCCAGAGUCGGUCACGACUGGACCUAAUGGUCAGGGGUCCCUUUACCUUUACCUAUUAUAUACCAUAUUGGCUUCAUAAUAGGACUAGGUGUCACCCUUCCCAUUUUUCACCUUUGCCAAUCAUAUAAAGCUGGGCUACAUGAUACACUUACCACAGGGAUCAGCAAUCCCACAACCUCCAAAAUUGGUGUAGUGUUUUGGAACCGUUAGGUGAAUGAAUCAUGAUACAUGUAAGGCUUGGGUCUCUCCCACACAUGCGAGUUAAUUAUUCAGAUUUAUUAGGCAAUUUUAAAAGCCCUGGUUGGAGCUCCGCUAAUCUCCGUCAUCCUCAGAUAGCACAGUUGCUGGAACUGAGCUCCGCCCCCCUUUCCCCCCAACAGGAAAACCCCCACCUUCACUUCCUGUCCUUUUCGCGCUUUUCGGCCAGUCUCAUGAUCCUACGAGAUUUUGGAGAUGGCAAUCCCUGUAUUUUUGUGUCUGUCUCACUGUCUGAGCCUAUAUGUUGCAUUCUUUCACUCUGGCUCUCUCUUUCAUUUUCUCUGUGUCCAGGGAUCAAGUCACGGCUGCUCCCUGGUUCAUCUCCCUCCCCUCUGCCUUCUACUCUUAUCUGUUCUCUCUCUAUGCCUGCAUUUUCAUUUCCUGUCAGUGAAGGAACGUAGCUGACAAUACACUGAGAUCCCUACUCCUUCUGGCAGAGUUCAGAGGAAGUUACAUGAUGACCAAUGUGUGUGUAGUUCUAAGCAAUAAGGCUGGAGAAGGAAGCAAGGACCCAUCCCUAGGACACUGAUAUGCAUUUAAUAUGUAGCUAAGCUUCAGUUACCACCUUCUAUACAACUGGUAGCCUUCUAUACAACUGGGAUAAUCUAACAGGGAUGAGCUGUACCACAUGCUGUGUGAAGCAGCUACCAUAUAGGUUGCCUAUAUGCUAUGCCUUUAAAGCACAUUUGAAGCACUUUUUUCAAAAGAAUUCUGAGCACUGUAGUUUGUGAAGGGCUUAUGGGAAUUUAAAUUCUCUAAGGGGUAAAUUACAAAUUCCUUGAAGGGGGGGGAACAUGCUUUCAAUGUGUUUUAAAAGUAAUAAUAAUAAUAAUAAUAAUAAUAAUAAUAGAAUUCUCAGACAUUGUGUUCAUUUCUAAUCUAGUUUUUAUUUUGCAGGUAUAUGGGAUACAUUGAGAAUACUGUCAAAAACUGUUUAUUGCCUCUUCAAAUGGAAAUGGGGGACCAUCUCCAACUAUAUUUACAAAUACCGUAAGGAAAACCACACACACUAUUAAUUAUUGUAAUGAUGGUGGUGUUAGUAUUUAUUUGUUCAUCACUUUCUACAAAUAUGUCUCAAAGCAACUUACAAAAAUACAUUUGGAGGGGAAGAACCAGAAACGCCCUUUGAAUUUCUUGGAGGACAGAAUAGAAAGAAAUGGAGUGUGUGGGAGGGGGGACCCAGCAAGCAUUAGCCUGUCUGCUUAGCAGCCAAAAAUAAAUAAAUAGCCACUACAAAAUGGAAAUAGGGCUGGCCAGGUCAUUGGGGGAGGACGGGGUUGUAUAGCCUUGGCCAGAAUCUGUGCAAGAGGCUUUCACUCACUGCGUCUAGUUUGCCCUGACACCUCUCCAGAUGGCAGGGAAUGCAUGCAUAUGAAACAACUCCUGAAAACAAAUUAUCAAGGUAAUACCCGACUCUCUCCCCUUAGCCAGCCUUAAUGACAAGAAUCUCACAGGCAAGGAAGAACUCCGUUUGGCCGAUGCUGGUAUAGCCAUGAAUUCUGCUUAUCCGCUUGUCCUCCGUCCUGAACGGGAAGUGAAACUCAUUCUUUCCUUUGACUUCAGCAGCGGAAAUCCUUUUGAGGUAGGUUUGUUGCGUUGGGUCAUGAUGAGAUUUCAUUUUUUAAUUACAGUAUCAGUGCUGGCAGCAAAGCUCACUGGGCUCAGGAUUGGUGAUGAGAUGCAAAGGCUUGUAAUGCUCAUCUCCAAGAAAAAAAGUGAAUACUGCACAUUAUAUCUCAGCUGGAGAAUAAUUCCUGAUUUACCCAGACCGUCCCUAACCUCUCUUUCUCCCAUUCACGCUGCUCCCUGUUUCUUCCUCCCUUCUUCAGUUUAAAUGAGGUUGUGAACUGUUUUUUUUUUAACAGCUCAGGGGAUAAAUACCCUUCUAGAAAACAUUUCAGGGGCCACAUGCCUUACAACCACUACACUACACUUGCCAAAAGGCAAGUGAGCAGAUUCAGUAGCAAAAGUGGAAUGAGAAACAUAUGGUAAAUUUUGUCUUUGCAUGGUAGGGUUCCCCCCGCCCCCCGUACAUGCACACACACGCAUAAACACACACACAAAAUCCUUCUCCAGCCUCCAUCUAGUCAAGCCAGAAGCAUUGUCAGACUUUAAGGAAGCAUUCUUGCCAGACUAAAAAAGAACAUGCAAAAGGGGUGGAUUCGCAAUUGCCAGAUAGAGAAAUCUGAAAGGCUGCCUUUGUCCCUGCUUUAAGUCACUUUAGUUGGCUAGGGCAGCAGGUAUAGUGGUGUGGAAAGAAGAAACAAAGUGUAACAAGCCACACAGGUGACUCAAGGCUACUGGGCCUCUGAUGGGUCACCAGAAUUUGAGUAAGAGUGCUUUAGUCUAGACAAUAGACAAUUGCUGUGCCUGUAUAUUGCUGGUAUGUCCGCUCACCUUUUCUGGUGGGUGGCAUUGCGGCCCUGCAUUAAUCAAGGUUGCUAUACCUACUUCUUUUUAAGUGGAAAGAUCAGAAGUUUUUUCUGUGUAGAGGUGACAUCUCUCUGCAGAGCCAAAUCAUCCAUGGUGCCCCAGUGGUGUAGCAUGGAUUGUCAGCAUCUGAGGUUGUGGGAGGGAAAUAGAUGGAGCACACAUAUGCAUCCAACUGCCUACUGGCAUGCACAUCACCCACGAGAUUGCAGCUGCAGAGAUAAGAAGAGUCGUUCCAUUGUUUGGAGAGGUCACUUACUGGUUCACAUGGAAAAGCCAUUUUCAAUGGAGCCCAGUGACAGAAGUAUUGGGGCAGCACCAUGUAUUGAAAUUUUACACACCUAACAAUUUUUCUUCUGGGCAACCGCCAGUGGGGUGUCCUGCUCAGACAACAAUUUCCACAUUCCUUUCCUGCAUUUUCUUCUCAUCAUAGACUGUCAAAGAAGCAGUCCUGUACUGCAAGGAAAAUCAUCUUCCUUUUCCUGAUAUUGAUGUCUCAGAGUUGGACAAGAGUAAAGACAGUCCCUAUGACUGCUACGUUUUCCAAGGACAUGAUUCUCCAACAGUCAUGCAUUUCCCGCUCUUCAAUACAGUGAACUGCAAAGGUAUAUUAUGUUUGGGGAUUGCUUAGAAAGGGGCAUGCAUUUAUUAUUGUUUUUGAUAAUUCAUUUAUUGUCCGACCUUCACUCUAAGGUCCCAGGGCAGGUUACGCAUUAGAAAGAUCAUUACAGAAAAUUAAAAACAAAUUUCAUUGUUUACUGUGGACUAAUGAUCUCCUUGGAUCUGAUUGAUCCCUGGAAGAUAAAUCUAGCAACUCUGGCCAAAUUGCUACCUUGUGAAAUUGGCUCACCCAAUAAUUGUUAUAAUUGGUCGCCCUGGGAGGAAGAUGCUGGACUAGAUAGGCCUUUUGGCGUGAUGCAGCAGGAAUCUUAUGUUCCUAUAAAAUUGAGGGGGGCAGAUUCCAUGUUCAAGUUCUACUGAAGUUUUACAAGUUUUUUUGUUUUGUUUUUAAGAUAGCUGGGAUUAACGUUGGAGUUCUCACUAGCUCCACAGUCAAUAGCUCAGCUUUAUAUAAUAUAAGCUGGACAUGUUCCUGCCCCAUCUGUUUAUGUAAUAGGUGCUUUGAAGAACAUGUGUGGUUAAGUGUUAUACUAAGUGUUUCCAAGUGAAUAGCAAGGCACUUGCUUAUGUACAUCCUUUUUAUUUUAAAGAUAAAGUAGCUGAAUGGAGAGAACAAUAUUCCACCCUCAAAGUUUCUUACAAGGAGCAGGAGGUCAAAAACCUCCUAGAAGCAGCAAAAGCAAACGUGAGGAAUAACAGAGGAAGAAUCCUGCAGGCGAUGAAAAGCAUGCAGGCUCCUUAA